AUUUUUCGUUAGCGAUUUGAAUUCUUUUUUUUUUCAUAAUGCAUAGUAUAUGUUCUAUUAUCAUCAUCAUAUUCAACAUAAUUUUCUAAACGUUAUAUUUGUGUAAGUGCUUUGGGUUUCCUGUGUUAUUYGGGUGUCAUGGCGGACUGCAGUAUAGUGUGGAAAAGAAGCGACAUUUCAUCUUGUAACUGUUCCGAUAAAUCAUACCGCCACGUCCAUUGCCCUUGCCAGUCUUGUAAUGGAAAAGCUGUUGAUCGGCAUAGUGAAUUUCGCCAUUGGAAAGAUUCACAACUUGCAUCUAGAGCGCUCAGAAAUGAACCACAGCUUCGUGAAGAUCGUGAAUCAUUGGUUGAAUCGUGCGUUCGUUUUGUUGUCCCUGACGAAGAAAUAAUUCUCCCUGGAGUUUCCGAAGAAGAAAAUGUUGAAGUGCAUGAUGUUGAACAACAAGAGAGUGAUAUUAUUAAUGAUGCUGGUCGCUCUAAUUCAGUCAACCAAGACUGCAACCCUUUGAAAACUUUGGUGAUCAACGCAGUUAUAGAUGCUCUCUCCAUAACCAGGGACAGUGGUGCAUCUCUCAAAACAUUCCAAGACAUUUUAAACUAUGGAAAAAAUCUUCUUCUAGCCAGAAUCGAUAACACCAGUGUUGAUCGGGAAAUUAUAUUAGCUUUGUGGCCCAAAAACUGGAACUCAGUGCAAAAAUUGCUAAGGGAAGAGGGAUAUGAAGAUGCAAAGUUGUAUUAUAUUUGUAUUUGUGGUGAGGAAAAGGAAUAUAAAAGAAAAGGCAAAACAAAUAAAAAAAUGGUCUACACAGGAAAAUUCAGUGUCAUGGAGGGCAAGCAUGAAUUGUGUAGCUAUUGCCAAAAAAAAGGAUAUAUCAAGUACUACUAUCUAGGUCUCCACACGAAAAUCAAAAACUGGUUUAAAAACAAAGAAAUGUGCAAAAAAAUGCUCUCUCACUGGUACGCUCGAGACAAUUGGCUUAGAUCUGAUAUAAGCAAUGCUCAAAAAACUGAAAUUUGGGAUGGAGAUAGAUGGGUAGAGCUCAAAUGGUUCUGGGAUCCUACUAGUGCCUGGCCAUUACCAACUAUGUGCCCAUUUUGUGAAAUACCUGUAUCUGCCGAUCACUUACUUAAAUCUGAAGAUAGUGUAUCUGGUGCAAAACAUGUGGAUUGUCCCAAUUGCUACAAUGAUUUUCAGCACGUUAUCAAGACUGCACAUGGUUCACCUUUAAACUUAGCACUCAUUGGCCACUGGGAUGGGUGGCAGCCAUUUGGCACAAGUUAUAAAGGAUGUGGUUCUAUCGAAGUCACAAUCGCAAACAUGACCAAGAAUGACAGGAACCAUGUAGCUGAAGUAUAUGUUUUAGGGUUUGUGCCAAGUUCAGAAGUUCCCAAGUUACCUGAAACACUUGAUCCAUUUCUAAAGCCUCUUAUGACUGAUCUUUGUGAAGGGUUUAUCAAUGGCUUUAAAGUAUGUUAUCCUCGUGAUGUACAAGUUGAUGAUUAUUUUGUUUGUGAUGAAGAAACUGUUAGAAUCCUACUUCUGUGCUGGAGUGGUGACCAUCCUGGCCAAUGCRAGGUAGGCAAGAUUUUAAACCAAGGAUGUUGCCCCUGCAGAAGAUGCAAACUGGUUGGCCAGCAACUUCAAAACAGUUCAAAUACACAUAUGUAUUACGGUGAAAAUCGUUAUCAUUACAGAUAUCCUUGGGAAGAAAGAUCCAUUAAAUCUUCUAUAGAUGAUAUGCUCAACAUUGAUAAUGAAAAUAGAGUAAGUGUUAGAAAAUCCCUGAGUUCAGCAAAAGGCUUCACUGGGACAAGUAUUCUCCACAAAUAUCUUUAUCCACUUUAUGAAUUUGACAUCUUAAMGCAUUUAACGUAUGAUAUUUUUCAUACAAUACCUUUGAACGUGGUAAAAAACCAGCUUGAAAGACUUCUUGAGCAGAAAGUUAUUGACCAAUCUCUCUUGGAUGCUGAAAUAAAAGGCUUUCCAUGGACAAAGGGUCUACAAAAUGGAAGAAUACCUACUCCCCUUGGAAAAUGUUCAGGGCCAGGUCAUUGGAAAGCAGAAGGUUUAAGGAAGUUUUCUUUUCCCAUGGCAGACUGUAUAUUUAGGGACAUCAUCACCAAUGAGAAAGAAUUAGAAAUUCAAUCAAUAAUCUCCAGGCUUACUGAAAUGCAUUUCGUUAGCGGAAGAAGAGCGUGGAAUCAGAACAUGAUUGACCUUCAUAAGAACUUAGCUUGGAAGUUGAACAUUCUUGUUGAAGAAUUGCAAGGGUUGCAUAUGUGUACCAUAUCAUUACACAACCUUGUGCACAUACAUGAAGACAUUAAUACAUUUUCAGCACCUGAUAAUUAUUGGUGCGCUACAUUUGAAAGAGCUGUGAAGCAGUAUGUUAAAUUGUCUCACAACUGUAAAGGGAUUGAAUCAACAUUUGCUCAAUCUGAACAGAGACGAGAAUUUCUAAAAUCCUUGGGUGAGAAAGAUGAAGUUGUGUCAGGAUAUAUAAGCAAGGAACUGGGUUUUGCUAGUUCUAUUUUGGCUGCUCAAAGAGAAUCCACAAAAGACCCAUCAAAUGAUUUAUUCCUCCUGGGUACACCGAAGGCAAAUAUAAAAGAAUUAUCAAUGCCAGAAAAAGAGCUCAUCGGAAAUGCAUUGCACAUUCCUAUUUGUGAUGUUCCACCAUCAUGUUUAAUGUCAAAGAAAGCAUUCAUUAAUAACAAUGAUUUUACAGAGUCUAAUUUUGAUCAAGGUGAUACUGUCAUCAUCAAUGUGAGUGAGGAGGAACUUGUUGUGAAAAUAGACAAUUUUCUAUCUGUUAGACUCCCUGGUCAUUCAAGUUCUACUUUACYUUUGCUUGGGUCACAAUAUAAAUUUCAGCUCACAGAAGAAGGUUUUGUGGCCCAGGACAUUUUGAGUGGUUUUGUAAAGGUUCAGACCCAUCCACUUGAAAUUGCUCUAGUUCCAUUGCAAAAAGUCCAAAGGAAAGCUAUUCUUUUUCACUGUACUGAUGGUUGGUUGGUAGUAGACUAUCAAAGGCAUAUGAAGAAGUUACUUUCUGAAGUUGUUGUCCCUGUGUAUUGCAACGAAAAGGAUAUGGUCCUUAUCCAGGGUGAACAAAAUGAAAUCUGGCAUGGACAUGUGCAGAGUGUCAAUCACCAAGCCAAAACUGUAGACGUAUUUUUCUUUGUCGAGAGCUGCCGCAAUCAGGGUAUGUACAUACGAGAAAGUCAAGGGAGGCAUGCACGCAAUACUGUCCAUUGGGAUUCUGUGGUGGGAGUUGCUAAUGGCGAGUGGAUUAAUUCACAAUGGAAAAAACUGUAAUAGUGCUUGAUUUUCAGUGAAAAACAAAUGAAUUCUUAAAUAUUAAUUGCUAUAAGAUUUGUMAUCAUUAUUCUCAGAUUUUGCAUAUUAUUCGCAGAACAAUACAAAUAACUCAGCCAUGUGUCAAAGAUCCAACAAAAUUCCUGUUACUGAUUGAUUCUCCAUAUUGCUUUUGAUACAAAACUGAAAAUGUAUCUUGUACACUAAUCUUUUCUAGAUAUUAUAGAUGUUAAUAGCAAAGCAGCACUAUAUUAAAAAUAUCAUUG